UGAGCGCCGCGUCGUGGGCGCAUGGACGCCGUUGUGUUCAGGGUCGACGCCGGUAGAAUAAUUCUCUUUUUCGCGUACGUUCGGUAUUCCUGUGAGUUUUCAACCGUUCGCGACACGUUGAAUCCUCGAGGACAUCAAUCGGGGCGCAUCCGGGCGUGAUAUUUGCCGAACGGAAAAUCGGAGAGCCGGUAGUUUCGUUGCGCAUCGCCCGCGGAAUUCUCGACGGCGAAGAGAUGUCCCAGGACGACGACGUCGGAUUUCUGUAUAAAACGAUGAUUGAGAGAGAUCCCAAGAAGAGAAGAGUGAAGCCAGUCGAAUCGGCGCAGCAGUCUUUACUUGAUUUUGAUUUAGGUGAAAGCUCAGAUGACAGUGAUUUUAGGAUUGAGGAUCAUUGUGAGGAGUCGGAUGAUGAUUCUGUGGAUUCUAAUGAUGGAAAAGGAGAAGAUGCAUCUGAAGAAUCUGACGAUUCAUUGGAAGAUCCAUUAUUGGGAAGAAAAGAUGGUACAGGUUUAACAGUAGGAGAUGUGAUAGAACAAGCUCGUCAGCAAGCACUGAAAGGUGCUCCUCUUGACGAUAAGCUAAAUAAAGUAUUAAUUUGUUGUGGUUGUUUGGGAGACAGGAGUGAUGACAUAAAUGAGAUUGUCGAAUGUGAUGGAUGUGGGGUCAGUGUUCAUGAAGGUUGUUAUGGGGUAUCUGAUGUAGAAAGUUUCUCUAGCACAGACUCUUUGUGUCAGUCGGCACCAUGGUUUUGUGAAGCUUGUAGUGCCGGAAUUGAAGAUCCAUCGUGCGAGUUAUGUCCUAAUAAAGGUGGAAUAUUUAAAGAGACAGAUGUUGGGAAAUGGGUUCAUCUAGUAUGUGCUCUUUAUGUACCUGGUGUCGCUUUUGGCGAGGUUGACCGUUUAUCGAGUGUAACGCUAUUCGAAAUGGCAUACAGCAAGUGGGGUGCAAAAACAUGUUCUUUAUGCGAGGAUUCGUGUUACGCACGCACAGGCGUAUGCAUUGAAUGUGACGCCGGAAUGUGUCAUACAUAUUUUCACGUGACCUGUGCGCAAAGAGAGGGCUUGCUAUCCGAAGCACACAGUGAAGAAGUCGAUCAAGCUGACCCAUUCUAUGCACAUUGCAAAUUGCACUCCGAUAAAUCUCUUGUUCGUAGGCGUAGACGUAAUUGGCUAGCCUUGCAAAUGCGUGCACAAUAUCGGCAACAAAUGUUGCAACAACCUAAUCAUUUAGAUACAGACGAACAACGUAGGAUUCAAAGAAAAUUAGCCAAACAUAGACACAAGUAUUUAGCUCACAAAGCAUCUCGUCCACCACCGUGGGUACCUACACAAAAGAUGCCACGUUUAUUAACUACAUCUGCUUCUGCUUGCCGUCAAUUGGCAAGAAAGGCUGAAUUAAUGGGCGUAGAUACAGCUGCAUUAGAAGCACAAGAGUCUCAGUUAGUGGCGUUAGUUGACGUUAGGAAGAAAUGGCAUAUCGCUCCCGCUUUCAGUGUAGAAUUUAUCGGCUAUUAUUUGGAUCGGAAUUUACGCGUGACAUCAAUGAAGAGACGAUUGCAAGAACUUCUCGAUAUCAACUCGCAAUUAUUGAAUGAACAACAAAGACUGGACAGAAAGUACGACGAAGUGAUGAAGGAUAAUGAGGAGCAGAUUAGAGUGAACGUGACAUUAAAAGAAAAGAUUGAACUGUAUCAUCAAGUACUUAAAAGCGCCGGUUUCGUAAAGCCUCUGCCGUCGAUCGCUGAUUUAGUGAAGCCAAGAAUAACCUCCACUCUUGGUACUGGAUUAGGUGUACCUACGGCAGCUGCCUUAAAAAUGGGCGUUGGAUUUCCAUUGCCUGUGGGCAAAGGUGCCGAAGGUAUACGCGAAGGUAGAGUGUUGAGCAGCCAGGCGCAAGAACAAAAUCAUAAAAGCGAGUUGACAACUUUACGACAUCAGUGCGGCAUCUGCAGACGAUCAACUAAUCAACAUCUUCUCGCUAAAUGCGACACAUGUCAUUUACAUUAUCAUUUGUCUUGUUUGAGUCCACCUCUAGCACGAAUGCCGAAAAAAACACGACAAAUGGGAUGGCAAUGCUCCGAGUGUGAUAAAGAAUCAUCUGGAUCAGAAGUCGAACGUGUUGACACAUCGGCACCUCGCAAAUUAAGGCAUUGUAAGGACGAAAGUAACUUGACACCUACACCGCCACAAGAAGUGCAAGCGAUUGCGACACCGAGCACGCCUACUACAUCAAAAAAUUCUACCAAUAAUAUAACAAACGUUACUGCACCUGACAUACAUACAACACCAAAACUGACUAUUAAACCAAUGGGACCGCAACCGUCAACUGUAGAACCUGCACAAGUAUCUGAGUCAGUAUAUAAUCAACAAUCUGUUAAUAAUAUCACAAUAAGAGAAGGUUCACCAGAGUAUAUGGUAGCUUCGACGGAUGGAACAGAAAUGGUCUCACAAAGAAGUGGAAAAAAGAGAAGGAGGGAAAAACAUAAGAGAUAUUCGCCGGACCCAAUAACUGGAGUUAAACAGAGGAAAAGAAAACAUAAGAGGAAAAGUUUAGAUAUAGAAAAUCCAGAAAUUCAAAGUCAACCAGAAGUUCACAGGAGAAUCACAAUAAAAAUAAAACCAAUUCGUCGACCAGAAGGACACACGGACUCAGAAUCGAGUCCGCAAAUGUUCGUGGCCACUUCAAGCACUGAAAUUACAUUGCCGCCACCACCCGCACCGCCUCCAGCUGCAAACGUACCCCAGGUAAAUGUAUCCGUGAAUAGCAGUGGUCGACUAUCGACGGGAACGAAGAGAGGGAAAGAUACGGAUCUUAUGACGCAUUGUAACGUCUGUGAUACGCCUGGCACGAAUCAAAAUCUCGUUAUGUGUGACGAAUGUAAGAAAUGCUAUCACUUCACAUGCUUAGACCCUCCUGUGAAAAAGUCUCCGAAAAGGAGAGGCUAUUCGUGGCACUGUGCCGACUGCGACCCUAGUGCCUCUGAAACUGAGACUUAAUAUCAACAAUUUUCUAUAUCUGCAGCUCCAAUUCCACGUUUAUAAAUAAGACAUUCAAUGUUAUUCUGUUUUUUUUUUUGUAAGACACUUCACAAGAACAUAGAAGAGAAAAACUUACUGUAAUUUAAAACAAAAAACGAGUUUUAUGAAAAUCUGCAAAUUCCACUUAAAA